AUGUCGAGAUUAAUCGGCUAUGUUGAACCAUUUGUGAGUGGUGGAAAUUUUUUGGCGUAUGAAGAUCGGGUGCGUCAAUUUAUUAAAGUCAACGAUAUAAAAGAAGAAGAAGCACUUACUCCACUUUUUAUCACCAUCGCAGGAGCUGAAAUUCACGAGCUCCUAAUAUCACUAACUGUUCCAGAUUUGCCCAGUGCAAAAACAUUCGAAGAACUUAUUUCGCUGCUACGUGCUCAUUUUGCUCCCAAGCAUAAUAAACGAGCAGAACGAUAUAAAUUUAACAAGCUUAAGCAAGAAGACGGUGAGCCUAUUAAUGAGUUCAUUGUGCGUCUUAAAGCUCAGGCGCAGUUCUGUAAUUUUGGCGACAUCAUUCCAGAAAAGGCUAAAGAAGAUGUGCACAAGUACAAAAUUAAAAUGUUGGACGAUGUACUGAGUGAUCGUUUUAUAGUGGGAUUAACAUUGCCUGCAAAUUAUUUGCCUAAACAAACAGUUGCCCGUCAUCCAUCAAGUACACAACAUCCAACGUCUGGUGGAAGUUACGAAAAAAAUCAUAGGAGGAAACUGCCUUCGUCGUCGCAAAAGUCUUGUCAUCGGUGUGGAAAUAACCAUCAGCAAGAAAACUGUCCAGCAAAGAGAAACAAUUGGGAGUGCUUUACAUGCCACAAAGUUGGUCACACAUCCAGAGUCUGCAGAUACAGAAAAGCACAAAGUCUUCAAAAAGUCGGAAUUAAUAUCGUCAGUGCAGAGGAAGAAAAGUCAUCCAGAGCCAGCAAUCAGUCACCCAAAGCCAGCAAUCAGUCACCCAGAGCUAGCAGUCAUCACCCAGAGCCAGCAGAAUGCUCUUUGAUUCGAUUCCGGAGCAGCGGUAAUAAAAUUGAAGAAUUAGGUAUUAUGAGCGUUAUGGUGGAGUUUGGAAGUGGAUGUUGGAAUUGUGAAAUAAUAGUUGUCAAAGGAGGUUGGCGAAGGAAACCCUUAUUGGGAAGAGAUUUUCAGAAUGUUUUAUUCCCUAACUGGCGCAAAAUCUAUACAGAAAGUGUAACAGGUAUGAAUAAUAUAAGAAGUGAAGUUGUGUGCCCAAUUUUAAAGUCAAUUCAGGAAAAUUAUCCAAGCAUUGUUGACAGCCAGAAUAAAGAUCCUAUUAAAGGUUUUACCGCAAAUAUUGUGUUAGAUGGAGUUCAAAAACAAAUUUUCCAUUGUGCAUAUAGUGUUCCAUUCAAGUUAAGGGAUAGGGUAAAGGCUGAGCUUAAUCGGCUUGUAGAUGAAAAGAUCUUAGAACCAAUUAAAUUUAGCCGAUGGGCUACCCCUAUCGUAAUAGUGCCUAAAGCUAAUGGUGAAUUGAAGAUUUGCAUGGACUGCAAAGUGACCAUCAACAAAUGCAUUUUAAUGCAACACUACCCAUUACCGAAAAUGGAUGAAAUAUUCGCUGAGUUAGCCGAUUGUGAAGAGUUUUUUGUGUCAUUGAUUUAA